UUGAGCGUCUUUCCUGCAGGAUCGGUAGUGGCGUCACUCUCGCGGUGUUUGGGGUUUGCGUUGCAAUAAUGGCUGUAUUCGGGUUGCUGAUGGAAACAGAGGCGAGUCCGGGAGGGAGCUGAGGAGAGGCGGGUGAGACACUAACCUGACCCCGUACCCGCUGGCGGGAGACCGACAACUAAGGAAGAAAGCUACCCGUCGCAUACACAGGCUGGAGAGCGGAGUUUUGGAGAGAGAAAACGGCUGGACCGCCGGUGAGAUGAGCGGCCCCGGGCAGGACAGCGAGCCCGAGGCGAAAGUCCUCCACACCAAGCGGCUGUACCGAGCGGUGGUGGAGUCGGUUCACAAGCUGGACCUCAUCAUCAGUAACAAGUCAUCCUACCGGGAGGUGUUCAAACCUGAGAACAUCAGCCUCCGCAACAAGCUCAGAGAGCUGUGUGUCAAGCUGAUGUUCCUGCACCCUGUUGAUUAUGGGAGGAAGGCAGAAGAGCUGCUCUGGAGGAAAGUGUACUACGAGGUUAUUCAGCUCAUCAAAACCAACAAGAAGCAUGUCCACAGCCGCAGUGCUCUGGAGUGUGCCUACAGGACCCACCUGAUCGCUGGGGUGGGCUUUUACCAGCACCUGCUGCUCUACAUCCAGUCCCACUACCAGCUGGAGCUGCAGGACUGCAUCGACUGGACCCACGUCACAGACCCCCUCAUCGGCCGGAAGAAAGCGGUCUCUGCUACUGCCAAGGAGAUGGACUGGGCUCAGAUGGCCUGCCAUCGCUGCCUGGUCUACCUGGGAGACCUCGCUCGCUACCAGAAUGAACUGGCAGGCGUGGAGGCAGAGUUGCUGGCUGAGAGGUUUUAUCACCAGGCUCUGUCUGUGACUCCACACGUUGGAAUGCCUUUUAACCAGCUGGGGACGCUAGCGGGAAGCAAGUACUACAACGUGGAGGCAACUUACUACUACCUGCGAUGUAUUCAGUCAGAGAUGCCGUUCGAGGGAGCUUACGGGAACCUGAAGCGUCUCUAUGACAAGGCAGCCAAGAUGUACCACCAGGUCAAGAAACAGGAAAUGAAGAAGCUGUCCCCCACCAAGCAGAGGUCUAAAGACGUUAAACGGUUGCUGGUGAGCUUCAUGUACCUGCAGAGCCUUCUUCAGCCCAAGAACAGCCUGCUGGAGUCUGAGCUGACGUCUCUGUGCCAGUCGGUGCUGGAGGACUUUAACCUGGUGCUGUUCUACCUGCCCUCUGCCUCGCACUCCUCCUCUGGCUGUGAGGAAGAGGAGGAUCACGAGAGCCGCUACUCCUUCGUCCCUGAUGUGCUCGUCUUCAGAAUGGUCGUCACCUGCCUCAUGGUCGUGCACAACCUCAAGAGGGCAGGUUCCAAGCAGUACAGCGCUGCCAUCGCCUUCACGCUGGCCAUGUUCUCUCACCUGGUCAACCACGUGAACAUCCACCUGCAGGCUGAGCUGGAGGAAGGAGAGAGCGGAGUCCCGGUGCUGCACACGGAUGACCUGGAAGUGAAAGACGGCGUGACGUUGACGCCGGAGGAAGGCACGCUACAGAACGGGACGGCUGAAGAGGAGGAGGAGGAGGAGGAGGAGAGAAGUGGGAAAGGAGCAGACGGCCAAAAGAAACCUUCAAACUCAACAGACAAAACCAAGAAGAGCGGCAAAAAGAAAUACUCCCGUCUCUCCCGCCUGAGACGGCGCCGAUACGACGGGAAAGAGGACGAGAGUGAUCUGAGUGAGGGCUUUGAGAGCGAGGGGGAGAGAGGGGGUAGAGUGGGGGGCAGGAGAGUGGGAGCAGCUGUCGUCUCCACCGCCAUUACCAGGGCCAAACACAAGGGAGUGGACUGGGACAGUGGCUCUGAGAAGAGCGAGGAAGACUAUGAAGAGGAGGAGGCGGAGACUGCGUUCGACGUGGAAACCGAUUCGGAUAUGAACAGCCAGGAGUCGCGCUCUGAUUUGGAAGACAUCGAAGACGAAAAAACGGAGAUCGCAGGUGUUCCCGAUUCACUCGACAGCGCGGAUUCAAAACCGCUGGAGAAGGCGGAGCCUAGCCCGGCUGUCAAUGGGCCUACCCCCAGCAGCAGCGGCAGCGACUCCAGCAUCGCCAGUAACCUCCAGGCCAUGUCUUCCCAGCUCUUCCAGACCAAACGCUGCUUCCGUUUGGCCCCCACUUUCAGUAACGUGCUGCUGCGACCCUGCAGCGCUCCAGAGGCCAGCGGGGGAGGGAGCAGCCCCCAGCCAACAGCCCUUGAUCAGACCCCUCUCGCCAGCAGCAAUCCCAGUGCCACCCCCCAAACUGCCAGUGACAACGAUGGUGGCUCGGAUUCGGAGGGCAGCGUGGAGAGUAACCAAUCCUGUCGCAACGAGAAGACCCUACUAGAGCGACUGGAGAUCCUGACCAAUCAAGGGCUGCUGCCGGCUGUCAAGGUCUUCCUGGAUUGGCUGAGAGCGAACACUGACAUCAUUGUCAUGUGCGCACAGAGUUCUCAGAGCCUGUGGAACAGAUUGUCGGUGCUUCUCAAUCUCCUUCCAGACAGCAGAAAGAUACUGGAAGCCGAGGUGCCCUUGUGUGAGGAGGUGUCUGAGCUCCUGAGCGCGUGCGAGCGGCCGGACCUGCAGCAGACCCUGCUGCUGCCCGAGGAUGUGGCACUGCGCCAUCUGCCUGCCCUCCGAGCAGCUCACAAGAGACUGGACAUGGAGAGAGAGAGCCCCACUCUCAGCACCCUGCAGGAGUCGGUGGUGCGCCUGUCCUGCAUUCGCAGUUUCGGUCACUUCCUGACCCGUCUCCAAGGCAACGUGCUACACUUCAACCCGGAGGCGGGCAUCUUCACCAGCGUCAGCCAAUCGGAGCAGGAGAACCUGCUGCAGCAGGCCAGGGCGCAGUUCCGCAUGGCGGAGGAGGAGGCACGCAGAAACAGGCUGAUGAGAGACAUGGCACAGCUGAGGCUACAGUUGGAGGUGUCUCAGCUGGAGGGCAGUCUGCAGCAGCCCAAGGCCCAGUCCUCCAUGUCUCCCUACCUGGUCCCAGACACCACUGCUCUCUGCCAGCACCUGGGGCUGAUCAGACAGCUGGCAGGCAGCGGUCGUUUCAUCAUCAUCAUCCCGCGCACAGUGAUCGACGGGCUGGAUUUCCUGAAGAAGGAGAAUGCUGGAGCCAGGGACGGGAUCCGCUUUCUGGAGUCGGAAUUCCGCAAGGGAAACCGGUAUAUCCGCUGUCAGAGGGAGUCUGGGAAGAGCUUUGAGAGACACAAGCUGAAGAGACAGGAUAGCGACGCCUGGCACCUGUAUAAGAUGGUGGAUAGCUGCAGACAGCUGACGGUGUCCCAGGGGAGUGGCGAGGAGGACACUGCUGGCAUGGUGACCAUCCUCACAGGGUUUCACAUUGAAGACGUCACGACGCUGUCGCCUCACAUGCAGGCUGCUGUACAAGCCGUGUCAGUGGCUGGAAUCGAACUCAAAAACAUCCUGGAAUUCUACAAGCAGUGGAAGGAAAUGGGCUGAUGGUCAAAGGACUCGCUGCUGUGAUGUCUCGUACACACCCACCCCCCCCACACACACACUGUCCCGCGCUACCUCUGUCUCUGGGGGGGCCAUACAAAAACAAACGCACGGAUUGGUCCGGAGCAACUACACAAAAACCAAGCGACACCUCCCUGUUCAAAAUCCAGCAUCUAAAAAUCACAAAUCAAACCAGUCUCGAGAGGAUUUGGAAGCAGCCCUACGCCCCGUUGUUUAAAAUUCGCUUUUUUUAUUUCCUUGAGCGGUUUUAAAUAGCAACAGGGUUUAAAGCUUGGCUGUAGGAAUGGGGUGGCAGUUCAUGGCAUAGCCUCCAUCGCACAUGAAAAGUGCAGGCUUUAGCAAGGGCAGAAAAUGAACAAGGUGGGAUGUCUGUCCUUAUUUUUAAGUGGUUACUCCCUUUGCUUUCUGUAUAUUAAAAUCAGCUUGUGGCAGGUGCUGUGUUUCAAAUGGAAUUAAAAUGAAUAACCAUGCCCUUGCUUUUGUAGUGAUGUGUGCAUUUUAUAGAAGACAGAGUGAAAGGCCACUGUGCAAUCUCUUCAGUUAUAACCAGGCUCUUAGCUUGUGAUGCUAGCAAAGAAUCGAAGCAAAUGUUUGUACCGCCGUUGAAGUGAUGAAUUGGCAGCACUGGCGAAGCUGUAACACGUAGCCACAGAAACGGUCAAGUCCAGACUGAUCAGCAAAUUAGUCUCUUACCUUUAGUCUCACAUUGAUGAUGCAGAAAGCCCUUGUGUGGCACAAACGGUCUUGUAAUGCUCUUCAGUAGAUAUUGCUGUGAAGCUUGCUGAGCUUUUUAAAAAUACGUUUCAAGGAUGUGAUGAGAAACUGAAACAGAAUUGGAAACUAAAUACCAUGAAUGAUACACAGGGCAGAGAAUUAUUGAAUUUUGUACAUCCUAGUUUAUUCUACAUUUUAUAGUAUACUGUCUGUCCUUUUUAAUAUCUUUAAUGGACUGACUAGCACCAAUAACCCGGCAACAUAAGAAAUUACACACAGAAGUAUUGAUUCAACAAAUAUGUUGCUGUGGAAGCUGAGUACAGUACUAGCAAUUAUGUUCUUUAAUUAAUUGAUUUUCAAUACAGCAGCUUACUGUGUGUUAACCAAAGUUCAAACAUUGCUGCAGUGUGAGGGACAAACAUUUUAACUGUUUUUACUAAGCGUAACAAAGGAGCAAAAACCAAAUCCAAUUGCCAAAUUAAAAAUCAAUUGAAUCUUGUUAGGGAACCAGUAUCAGUUGGGAAGAAAUGUUUUAAGUGCAAUAAACAACUCAAAGUGUUGAAUCGGUUGAAUUGUUUAUCCCAUGCUGGUAUUUCAGAAGUCCGUUUUGACUUCCAUUAUAUUCUGGCCAGGGUGCUUCAAGGUGAUGAUACUGAAGUGCAUGGGGUUAGCAUCAUAAUGCUAGUAUAUCUUACCUGAUAUAUAUUGCCAAAUGAAGGCAUUUUCAUAGGUCUCAGAAACGCACACAUCAUGGUAAAGGUGAAUUCGAUUUUUUGUUAGUGAAGAAUAUUUAUCGCACGCUCCUUGCAGACACUUCAGUUUUACACUUGAACUUCGUAAGGGCGUGUGAAGGAACACAGUCGACAUUGAAAGCACGUCGGUCACAGGAACGUACUCAAACGGGAGCCAAUGCGGUUGACUUCUGGGAGUUUAAGGUCUUUUAAGAUAAGUGGCAAACAUUUAAAUGCACAGUUUUUUUUUUUCUUUUGGAGAAAUAUGUAUGAUUUAAAAACGUGCUUGGGGAGAGUCUGAAAAAAAAAAAAACCCAUUCUGAAUCGUUUUUCCCCAGAAGGACUCAAACUCCCUGAAGCAACUUCAACAGGAAGUGCAGUGUGGAAAAAAGUGGUAGAGACGUUCGGCGGUUUCAUUGAUUACAAAUGCUAUGAGCGGGAUGACACGACAUUAAGAGCAGUGAUAUUAAUUUGCUCUGACUGCACUUUGAUAUCAGGUCGCGUUAAGAAGGAGUCCCACCAGUGCCGUGGUUCCCCACAUUGAUCAGUUUUCUAGGAGUAGCUGUACAGCAUGUAUGGUUUUGCUGGUGGGGUGAAAUGGGCAUCAUUUUCUGUAGUUAGAAACGGGUAUAUUUGGGGAAGCGCUGAAAUAAUUGUAGCAGCCAAGCUCUGGACCCCAGUGCUGAAGUGAAGGCAUUCGCAACCAAGUUACAUAAGCGUUUAGGAAAAUCUGCAGUGGCUCGGUGUUGUGAUUUUGAUAAACUUUAAAAGUAGCUUCACAUUCAUUUGUGUUCAUUUUACUGUUCCCUUAACCCCACUGGUGCUGUUUAUUGCGGUCAUUCAGAGUGGUUAUUAUUGCAAUAACUCAGAUAUUGUGCUGUUUAAUUUAAUGCUGUGAGUUCAGGAGCUGCUCGUCUUUAAUUCAAAUUUCUUGCUAUAGACCAAUGCAAUAUAGGCUAGAUCAGCCAGUCUCUCUUCUAUUAGCAAGAACCAGGACCUCCUAGUGCACAGUGUUCUGCCACCGAAGCAAACUGAAGCUUGAUCCACAGUGGCUGAUCACUAGAUGGCGCUGGCUUUUCAUAAAAACACACUGGUUUAUCCCGCCUGUGUUAUAUGUGUUUAUGCCACGCAAAUAUAACUGAAGCACAGCUCCUGAACUCUGGAGAAAACACAUUGACACAGACUUGUAUAUAAAAUAAAAGUAUUUGAGUUAUUGCAUAAAAAUCACUGCAGAAUGGUUGCAAACAUCAGAGGAAGUUAAGAGGAAUUCAAUCUACAAUUUGAAUCUACUUGUGCUUUAAGUAACUAUGGAGACUGCAUCUGAAAUCUCUGGGACACACACAUUUUUUUCUUACAAGAUGAUGGGCUGCCAGCACUCUGAGCUGCUGUCUGAUGAAUCUGUCCUGAGUAACCAGCGACAAGUCUCUGCUUUUGAGUCUCGUAGGACUGAAGAAAGCAUUCACCCUCAGCCUGUCAACUUACCCACACUCAUUUAUGCACAAUCAACACAGGCUUAUACCACGUGAUUGCCAUUCACUUCAUUCAAGUUUUCAGACCUGUUUUUAUGGAUUCAGAUUUGAAUGGAGAAUCUUUAGCACACAAAGUACUGUUAAUAAGGUAUUUGGUAUUGACUUUGUCAGCUGUAGUUUUGAAUACGAGGCAACCUGGCUUUAAAAUGUUUGUAGCUAAAAAAUAUAAUUCUAUAAUCCUCACCUAUCAUGCACUUCAGUGCCUGAUGUGGUGUCUCAAAUUUGCAGUUUUCAAAGGCAGUUCUUGCAAUCCUGUAUAUUCAUUUUUAAGCUGAGCGCACUGGGUUUGAAGGAGGCUCCCAUGCCUUACUCCCAGGAAGGCUAUCACUGUUUCACUCUCCAGGUAAAGGCAGUAAUGGAGAAAGUGAAAACUCAAUAUUAGAGCAACCCAAAACUACCCAGAACGACUGCAAACACCCUCAAAUAAUAAGAGGAAUGCACUAAGAGACUGUGCCGCAGAGCUGCAGUCACUAAAUGAUUAUAUUGUAUCAAGGGCAUAUUGUCAACUCAAACUGGACCCGAAUGAAACUGAGCUAUAGGACCUGGUUUGACUGAUGGAAACGUGGCAUACAGGACUGCUAACCAGUGUGGCUGCAGUGUUUUACAAUUGGAGCCUUAAUCUGCACUUGUGUGUCUGUGUCUGGAACUGGUCUCAAAGGAAGAAUAAGAAGGGUGUACACAAUGAAUCAAUUCUCUCUGCAUCUCAUUCAUAGUAAUUUUCAAUUCUUGUUAGUUUUUUUCAUCACAUCCUUGAAACGUAUUUUUAGCUAAGCAAGGUUCAUAGCAAUAUCUACUAAAGAGCAUUACAAGACCGUUCCACACAAGGGCUUUUUGCAUCAUCAAUUUUAAAGUGAGAAACUGGACUAAUUUGAUGAGCAGUCUCGCCUUCUACAUCUGUGUGAGCUUCCUUGCUGACAGUUGUGGUGUGAUGGGCUGGCUGAGUUAAUUGUUGCUGCUAACGAGAUGCGAGGAGUCUGAUGGGUUUUUUUUUUCAUUACAGGGAAGCUCACCCUGGUGUAGAAGGCGAGACUAAUAAUCAAAUUAGCUUAAUACCUUUAGCUCACAGUGAUGGUACAAAAAGCCCUUAUGUGGAACUAACUAGAAGCAUCUUGUAAUGAACUUCAGUGGAUAUUGCGGUAAACCAUGCUGAGCUUGGGGGGGGCUCGAUGUGAUGGAAAAACUGCAACAUAAUUGGAAACCAAAUACCAUAAAUGUAUGAAGGUGAUGAAACUGUUUUGAUGUUGCAUCUGGGUUAUUUUCAUUUUGAUUUACAAAUAGUAAUGUAUACGUACUUGUAAACAUCGUUGCACAUUAAAUGUGUUUUAAAAUA